UCCAUUAUUAUUGUCAGAUUUUUUGUUUUAAUGUGUUAAUUAAACGGCAAACGUAUAUUGUUUGUUUUUUUUCAUCUAUUCGUAAUGAUUACCGACAACGACAUUAACAAUAUUAACAACAAUCAAACAACAACAACAAUAGUAACAUUGGCAAAAUGUUUAAAAGAUGGUACCAUUGAAGCUGGUAAAGAUUUGGCAUCAAUGUUUUAUUUGAUGCCAGUUCAUGAAACAAUCAAAGAUGAUAUUUAUGAUGUAACCAAUUAUGAGGUCAAACUAAUUCCAUUAAUCGCAUUUAUGGUGGCCAUUGAACAAAUCAUACGUAUUAUAAUGCGUAAAAAUAUGUCACGUUUUGAAGAUUGUAUUAUUAAUAUUGCUUCGUCACUUGUAUUUACAUUGACCAGAGUAAUGAUGUUUACCAUUGUAUUGCGAAUAUAUUCAUGGAUUUAUGCAAAUUAUGCACUAGUUAAUCUACCCUUGCAUAGUGCAACAACAUGGAUUAUAUCAUUAUUAUUAGUAGAAUUUGUUUAUUAUUGGACACAUCGUGCAUUACAUGAAUUGAAUUUUUUAUGGGCAGCACAUCAAUUUCAUCAUAUGGCUGAAGAUAUUAAUAUUUCAACAACAAUUCGUGAUUCAGUUGUUGAUUUAAUUAUCUAUGAUAUCUUUCCAAUACCAUUAUCAUUUAUUAUACAUCCACAAAUUUUAUUUGUUCAUCUACAAUUUUCAUUAAUUUAUCAAAUAUGGUUACAUAAUGAAGUUGUUGGUCAUUUAGGACCAUUAGAAUAUUUGAUUAAUACACCAAGACAACAUCGUGUACAUCAUGGAAAAAAUCCAUAUUGUAUUGAUAAAAAUUAUGGUGCUUUACUAAUGAUAUGGGAUCGUAUUUUCGGUACAUAUCAAGUUGAAUUGGAUAAUGAAAAAAUUGUCUACGGUACUGUUAGUCCAACACCAAAAACAUUCGAUAUGUUAACAUUAAUGUUUGGUUAUUAUAAAAAUGUAUGGGAAAGAUUUAGUAAUGGUAAAGGAUUUCAUGAAAAAAUGGCUGCAUUAUUUUAUGGUCCUGGUUGGUCACCAGGUAAACCACGUUUAGGUUUGAUUGAAGAAAUACCAAAUGUUGAUUAUCGUCAACCACGUUAUAUUUAUCAACCAUAUGUUGCUAUAUGGAAAAAAGCCUAUAUCCUUUUGCAUUCGUUAAUCAUUUUGAUUGGUUUCUAUAUGAUGGUUGAUCAUCCUUUGAUUAAAUUUGAUCCAUGGAAAAUAACAUCGUGUAUGAUUUAUUUGCUGUUGACAAUCACUUCAUUUGGUGCAUUAUUCGAUAACAGAUCUUAUCUGAUUAUAUUGGAAAUAUUUCGUUGUAUUAUUUAUUUUGUAUUUGAUUAUUUUAUUAUACAAUCAACAAAAUGGCCAAUUCAUCGUAAUACAUCAAUAUUGAUACAAAUAUUAUUAUGGAUAAUUCGUUUUGGUCAUUUAUUAUCGAUCAUAUUUUGGAUUUGUAUGUGGAUUAGAAAUAUUUUCACCAAUGAUAAUAAUAAUAACAUUGAUAAUAAACACCAACGAAAAGGAUUAUCAACAACCGAUUCAAAUGAAAAAAUUAUCUAUGAUUCAAAUGAAGGACAAAGUCAAACAUCACAAGAUUCGGAUGAAACAAUGAUGAAUCAAAAUCAUUCAAUACCGGUUAAAUUUCGUGCCCGAGAAUUGAUAACAACAACAAUAAUGAUGAUAUCAGUUUUUAUACCAUUAUUGAUAUCAUAUUUAUUUGUUAUACCAUCAUGUUCAUUAUAUUAUGAACAAUAUUUUUUUGAUAAUUAUUUAACAUUUACCAGGAAUUUAACCAUCAUUACUUCCAAUAAUUCAAUAUUUUCACAGUUUGGCAGUAAUUAGCUUCUUUUUUUUUGCCAUUACCAUUGACCGUCAAUAGAUGGCGUCAAAAUACAUUGAAUC